AUGUUGGAUUUGGACGAAUUAACCAACACAAACGUGCCAGAAAGUAUUCGUUUACGCCAAAAAUUGGGAAAACAAAUUCCUGAAGAAGGCGUAGACGAAUCUAAAAUGUUAAACGAAUUAAGAGAAAUUGCUUCAUUAAAUAAUCCUUACAAAACUUUUAUUGAUUGUAUUGUCCCUUCAGUAAUUGUUAAAAAUAUGUUACAAAAUGCUGGAUGGACUUCCCCAUAUACUCCUUAUCAACCAGAAAUAGCACAGGGACGCUUAGAAAGUCUUUUAAAUUUCCAGACUAUGAUAUCUGAUUUAACUGGUUUACCCUUUUCAAAUGCUUCAUUGUUGGAUGAAAGUACUGCUUGUGCUGAGGCUAUUGCUUUAGCUGUUCGUGUAACUAAAAGGAGAAGUUUGUUUUUUGUGUAA